AUGGUCCUCAAACUCUUUUAUCACAAAUCCGGCAAGGUAUACCGUGGUGGUGAGGAGUCCGAAGCACAGCGCUCUAUCGGCGAAGUGAGGAACGAGGGAUCAUUGAUGCUCUUUUCAAAUAUGAACAACAGAGGCUAUCAAGCCAAUACCUGCGAGAUCCUGCCAUCAACAAAUCCCACUCAAAUCCACUUAACCUACACAUCUCCCGAUGGCUCACAAAAGACGAUUACCAUGCGAAAUCGCAUGUUCGUUUUUGACCGGAAGACUUAUCAGUGGGGAUCUACGGUAGUGGACGGAAUUUUGGAUUUGAAAGACAUGGCCAGGUUAGGGGACGGUCCAAUCGCUGCAUUCAAGCCAUGGGGAGCAAACGGUUGUGAGCUUUUGAACGUGCAUGUCAAUAAUGCCGAGUUUGAAGUCGUGGCCAUGAUGACUGCGUUUGUCUUGAGUAAGCAAUUAGGAACCAGGCCCAUGGGAAGAGUCCGUAACACCUCACCACCGAGGCCAGGGGCGUAA